CAGUUAGCAAUGACCACUUGGACUAGCCUGUUUCUGCUGUUGGGCCUUGGCCUUCUGGCCGUCGAUGCGGCGGCACCCUGGUGGAAGACCGCUUCUUUCUACCAGAUCUACCCACGAUCCUUCAAAGACACCGAUGGCGACGGAGUCGGCGACCUGAAUGGAGUCACCGAAAAGCUGGAGUACCUGAAGGAGAUCGGCGUCACGGCCACCUGGCUGUCGCCCUUCCUCAAGUCGCCGAUGGCCGACUUCGGUUAUGACAUUUCCGACUUCAAGGCGGUGGAUCCGCUUUUCGGAACCAUGGAGGACUUCGAGGAGAUGGUCGCCCGCUCCAAGGAGCUGGGCGUCAAGAUCAUCCUCGACUUUGUGCCCAAUCACUCCAGCGACGAGUGCGACUGGUUCCUGCGCUCGGCUGCCGGCGAGGAGGAGUACAAGGACUACUACAUCUGGCAUCCGGGAUUCCUCAACGACGACGGCACCCGCCGUCCGCCUACCAACUGGGUGAGCGUGUUCCGCGGAAGCGCCUGGGAGUGGCACGAAGGGCGGCAGGAGUACUACCUGCACCAGUUCCACAAGAAGCAGCCGGACUUCAACUUCCGCAAUCCCGUGGUGCGCGAGGAGAUGAACAAUGUGCUGCGUUUCUGGCUGGAGAAGGGUGUCGAUGGCUUCCGCGUGGAUGCCAUUUACCACGCCUUCGAGAUCGAGGCCGAUGCCAAUGGCAACUAUCCGGAUGAGCCACGCAACGAUUGGACCAACGACCCGGAUGAGUACGGAUACACCCACAAGAUCUACACCGUGGACCAGCCGGAGACCCCUCACCUGGUUUACGAAUGGCGUCAAAUCCUCGAGCAGUUUCAGGCCGACAAUGGCGGCGACGAGCGCAUUUUGAUGGUGGAGACCUGGUCGCCCAUUGAGAUCGUCAUGCAUUAUUAUGGCAACGAGACCGCCGACGGUGCCCAGAUACCGUUCAACUUCCAGCUGAUAAGCAAUCUGCACCGCGACUCCGAUGCCUAUCACUACGAGUACUUGAUUAACAACUGGCUCAAUCUGAUGCCCGAGGGCAAGAGCGCCAACUGGGUGAUUGGCAACCACGACAAGAACCGCGUGGGUUCCCGUUUCGGUGCCGAUCGAGUUGAUCUCUUCAACAUCCUGCUGUUGACCCUGCCCGGCUGCAGCAUCACCUACAACGGCGAGGAGUUGGGCAUGCUCGACGGCUACGUUUCCUGGGAGGACACCGUGGACCCACAGGCCUGCAACGGCUACGAGUCCAACUACAUGGACAAUUCCCGCGACCCUGCCCGCACGCCGAUGCACUGGUCGGACGAGUCCAUGGCCGGGUUCACCACUGGCAAGAGCACCUGGCUGCCGGUGUCUACCGACUAUCGCCAGAGGAACGUGAAGACCGAGCGUGGAGUGUCCCUGAGCCACCUGAACGUGUUCAAGCGCCUGCAGCAGCUGCGCCAGGAGCCCAGCAUUCAGGAGGGAUCCGCCGAGAUCAAGGCCGUUAGCAACUACGUCCUGGCUGUCAAGCGACACCUGAGCGGCGACUACGUCUACAUCUCGCUGUUCAACAUCUACGACUCCAUCGAGAAUGUGAACCUGUCCAAUGUGUUCGGCAGCCUGCCCGCCAGCUUCCAGUAUGCCCUGGUCACCGAGAAGUCCAUCAAGAAGGUUGGAGACCAGUUGUCCGCCAGCAGCGUCACCCUGAUGCCUCAUGAGGCCAUUGUGCUGCGAUCCACAACAACGGCUUAGUUUAUCGCCCAGUGAUUGAAUAAACAAUGAAAAGCA